AUGACCGAAAAUAUUGACCCUCGUAAACCUUCAUUUCCACCGUCAAUUACCGUUGACAAAAUAGUCAAAAUUCAUUUGAAAAAAGGUCUUAUUAACGUUAAUAAAACGUUAAAUUCCUUUCUUAUUUAUAGAAUGGUUUAUAUUCACGAAGCACCAAAAAAUUCUAAAAAUAACCCUCUGUUAGCAAGUAAAUCAUGGAGGGAUGAACCAGAAGAUGUUAAAAAAUUUUACAAAGAAUUAGCAGAUAAUGUUAAGGCUAA